ACUUGUUUGGUUCCCCUCUUCUCGUGUCUUUUCUAGUCCUCUUUCUCUCCUCUUUACCCUCUUCCUCUUGUUAUCUACUGCCGUCUGCGAGUAGCAUGGAAUUGUUUGUUUCUUUCAGUGAAUACAACUCGUAAUAGAAAGACUUAUCGGCAACGUCAUUUUCUGCAAUUUCAAUGAGGUUUUCGUCUUUGAGCCUGCGAGCGCGCGAAUGAUUCGUCUCUAGAGCCAAUCGAUAUUCCGUUUGACGUAUUCAAUUGCCAGCAGUAGACACGCAUGUUUAGCGCUGAUAUUCGUUUUGCGAUCGACCGAAAUCAUGGUGGUAAUGAAGCACAUCGCCCUACUUGCGGGCCUCGCGUUCUGGACGGGCGCCGCUGGAGAUGUCAUCACUGAUGAUGCUCACUUCUACGGCCAAUCGCCGCCAGUUUAUCCAUCGCCUGAAAUGGUGGGCGGCAAUGAGUGGGAGGCGGCUUUCCAAAAGGCCAAGGCCUUGGUCGGCAAGAUGACUUUGGAAGAAAAGGUUAGUCUAACAGCAGGUGUUACGGUUGAGUCUACAUGCUCAGGCUUCAUUCCUGCCGUCAAGCGUCUGAAGUUUCCGGGUAUGUGCCUCAGUGAUGCUGGCAAUGGGCUUCGCAAUACAGAUUUUGUCAGCGGUUUCCCCAGCGGAAUUCAUGUUGGUGCUAGCUGGAGUAAGGACUUGGCUUUUAGGAGAGGAGCUGCCAUGGGUGGAGAGUUCAAGAAGAAAGGCGUCAAUGUCCUACUCGGCCCUGUUGUUGGCCCUGCUUGGCGUAUUGUUCGUGGUGGAAGAAACUGGGAAGGCAUCUCUGUCGAUCCUUGGCUGUCUGGCGUCUUGGUUUCUCAGACUGUUUCUGGCAUUCAGGGGCAGGGAGUUAUUACUAGUACCAAGCACUACAUCGGCAACGAGCAAGAGACCAACCGUAAUCCAGAAGGAAAUACGUCCUCUGUGUCUUCGAACAUUGACGAUAAGACAAUGCACGAAGUAUAUCUAUGGCCCUUUCAAGAUGCUGUGAGAGCAGGUAGUGGAAAUAUCAUGUGCUCCUACCAGCGUGUCAACAACUCGUACGGCUGUUCCAAUAGCAAAACUUUGAAUGGCCUUCUCAAGACUGAGCUCGGUUUCCAGGGGUUCGUUGUUUCCGACUGGGGCGCUCAGCAUGCAGGAGUUGCUACUGCAGAAGCUGGCCUGGAUGUAGCCAUGCCCGGUGCAAGCGAUUUCUGGGGCGACCACUUGGUUGAAGCCGUGAAGAAUGGCUCAUUGCCAGAGUCGCGAGUGACGGACAUGGCAACAAGAGUCAUCGCCACCUGGUAUCAGUUCAAUCAGGACACCGAUUUUCCCAAACCGGGAGUUGGCAUGCCUUCUAAUGUCCUGGAUCCUCAUAAGAUUGUUGACGGGCGAGAUCCUGCCGCUGCACCCGUUCUUCUGAAUGGCGCCAUUGAAGGUCAUGUCCUCGUCAAAAACACAAAGAAUACGCUGCCUUUCAAGUCGCCUCGCAUGCUCUCCCUCUUUGGUUAUUCUGCCAAGACUCCAGACUUUUUUAACCCGUCUUCAAAUCUAUUGUACAGCCAAAAUUGGAUCUCAGGCAAUGAGGCGCUUGACUCAAACUAUGUUUCUGAUAAUGGGCUGGCCACUUUUGGCAAAAAUGGCACCAUGUUCGGCGGCUGUGGCUCCGGCGCCAUCACGCCGGCACUCACAAUCUCCCCAUUCGAGGCCUUGAAGAUGAGGGCUUCCCAGGAGGGUACGGCCGUAUUCAAUGACUUCUUAUCUGACAAGCCCUCUGUUGAGCCCAGUUCUGAUGCCUGCAUUGUCUUUGGUAACGCAUGGGCCUGCGAAGGAUACGACCGUCCUGCUAUCCGAGAUGAUUAUACAGACUCCCUAAUCAAGUCAGUGGCUGACCAGUGCAGCAAGACCGUUGUCAUCUUUCACAACGCAGGUCCUCGAUUGGUAGACGGCUUUGUUGAUCAUCCAAAUGUCACAGCAAUCAUCUUUGCCCAUUUGCCAGGUCAAGAGAGCGGGCCAGCACUCGCUUCACUCCUCUUCGGGGAUACCAGCCCUUCCGGCAAGCUUCCGUACACAGUGGCGAAGAAUGAAUCUGAUUAUGGCGAUGUUCUCGAUCCAGUACAGCCAGAAGGCGAAUUCGUCAACUUUCCCCAGGCCGAUUUCCACGAAGGAGUUUAUCUUGACUAUCGCUACUUUGACAAGAAGGGCAUUGAACCUCGAUACGAGUUCGGCUUUGGACUUGGUUACACGACCUUUGCAUAUUCCAACAUAUCCAUCAACUAUAUUCAGGGGGCAAACACGUAUCCAUGGCCGGGCGGCCCUAUUGUCAGCGGCGGACAAACGGAUCUUUGGGAUGCAAUCGCCACCGUCAGCGUAAACAUCAAAAAUACAGGCAGAGUUCCUGGUGCCGAAGUGGCGCAGCUCUACAUUGGCAUUCCAGGAGCUCCGGCGAAGCAGCUUCGCGGUUUUGAGAAGCCCUUUUUGCAGCCUAAUGAGUCACAGUCGGUGACAUUCCAUCUCACAAGAAGAGAUUUGAGCGUGUGGAGCGUGGAGAGACAGAAGUGGCAGUUGCAGCAGGGCAACUACAAGUUCUACGUUGGGAGCAGCAGCAGACGACUGCCCCUUAAUGGGACGAUGGAUUUAUAAGAGAAGCAAGGCACAGCAGACUCCCGAAUGCAGCUUGAGCAUGGCGAAAUGGUAUGCUGCGUGAUGAAUGGAGCUCCGUAUGGGGUACAUACAUGUGUAGAUACAGCUGUUAGAAGGUUGUUGUUUCCUCCUUCGAGCGCGCUGAGAAGGCAGCAACUAACCGUCUAUUGGAUAGAUCGUAUUUACUUGCUUUGUACUACGUGGAAGUGGUCCAUCGGCUCUAAUAGGCAACUUGAGUAGUCGAGCUGACGCCGAGUUUGA